GAAAUUAUUAACGAGUGAAGUACUAAUAUAUACUUUCACUGUAUAGGAAUGCUUAUAGAGCCUUUAUUCCUGUUUUAAUCAAACACGUUUGUAGGGUCAUAUCUCAAAAGAACUAUGGAAUUCUCAUUAUUGCAAAAGGUACCAUGCAUAUGCAAGGAAGCAAGGACGUGUAGAUAUGCAGUUUAAGUAGAUAUCCAUUGGAAUAAAGAACUUGUUGAAUGGACAACGCAUGUAUUUGGCAAAAAUCAUCUUUAUCAUAGCGUUAGCAAAAACUGAUCAUUACAUGAAAAUCUAGGAUGAACGUGGAUUUGACACUGAGUCUUAACUUUCCGACAUAUGGGGAAACAGUGUUGAUUCUUGUCGUAUGUAUUGACGCCCCGAUGAUCUGAAGUGAUAUAUGGAGUCAUAAUCGUGUGUAACUUCUAUCUGAACCUAUAUGUGUCACAUGGUACAAAGAAAAGGAGGUUAUAUAUCAUGGAUAACCAGUCCAACAACACCCUCAUUACAUUUACUCCCCUUGAAAUUGGACUCAUCUCUGCUGGGAUUGUACUUUUAUUACUUUUCCUGAUCCUUAUUGCCUGGGUGGCAUAUUACUUUUGGAGGAGACACAAUAGGCGACAAUUCUUGGAAAAACAAUAUCUGAAAGAGCAGUUGUCAUUCAUCCCACCUCCAUCAAAUGAACCUCUGAGAUUUCCUCCAAAGCCAGAAAGUGAGAAUGUGGCCAAAAGAGAAGGGUACCAUGUACGACAAUCUUCCGAAACCCAAACGGAAACCUCUCAACCUAGCUUAUCGGAAACACAGAGCGUUGUUCCGUUAUCGACGGUGCCUCACACAGCACCAGCGCAAUAUGACUCCCGUCAGUUUGCAUCCCUCAAUGGCGAGAAAGAAGACAAUGCGCAUGCGCCUGCUACACCUGAUGGCGCAGAAUCUGCUACAGAGGCGCCACCUAUAAAUAGCGUCCAGUACCUGAGUCCGUAUAACUACUAUAAUACAAGUGAAAUCAACAAACAGAUUGACGCAUACAUCAACAAUCAACCUUCAGGGGAUGCAGUCCCCAAAUCAGAUGGCAUCAAUGUGAUACGAUUUCCAGUGGAAGUUGACUCACGAUCUAAAAUUGGAAUUCUUAGGAAAACCUCUACGAUUCAAACCAAGGAUACAGAGGGCAUUAAAGUGGUACGCUUUCCUGUGGAAGUUAACCUUCGAUCUAAAAUUGGAAUUCACAAGAAAAACUCGACGUUAGAAACUGGAGCGAAGAAAAAAGAGAAUACGUUACACGUGAUGGAAUCGGGCAAUCUUCCCGUGACUGAAUUCAUAUUGGUUCCUCGCGAAUAUAUGUAUGCUAAUGUAGGUGAUAGAUAAUACAAUACUUGGUGAAACAAGGAAUUUCAGAUCAGAAAAAGUGUUUUAAACCCCGUAGUCAUAGGACUUGGUGAAAUCAACCGAAGGCUGUCGUGGAAUAUCAUUGGCAGGUAUACUGUACCCCUCCGCAACCCUAGUUUCAGUCAAGGAAGCAGCAAACGGGGAGCAAACGUAACAUCCCUGACAGAUCUAUGUAACUUUUUCACGUGCUGCUGCAUAUAUUCUCCUGCAUAUAUUAUAAAAUACAUGUAUUACACUCUAAGGUCUUACCCUCAUGGACUUUAUGAUUGUAAUUACACACCGGAAUAGCCUGACAACGGUAAAGUCAGAUACUGUUGUCAUAAAUGGCGAACAUAACCGU